GACAGCGGCGGGGAGGGACGGGCGGCCCCGGGUCCGCCAUGGCCGCUCCGCCCGAGCAGCGCUGCUGGGAACGGGAGCAGGCCCGGCUGAAGGCCGGCGUGGUGGAGCAGGACACCGAGGAGUGGCAGAAAGACCCGAAUUUCACCGGGCUGGAGAGAGUGGGAGGUGUGGAUUUAUCCUACAUCAAAGGAGACGACACCAGCGCCUGCGCCUCCCUGGUCGUGCUCAGCUACCCGGCCCUCCAGGUGCUGUACGAGGAUUGCCGGAUGGUGGCCGUCACUGCCCCCUACGUGGCCGGAUUCCUGGCCUUCCGAGAGGUCCCUUUCCUGGUGGAAGCUGUUCAGAGACUUCAGCAGGAGGAGCCCGAGCUCAGACCUCAGGUGCUUCUGGUAGAUGGGAAUGGGCUGCUCCAUCACAGAGGAUUUGGUGUGGCCUGUCACCUCGGAGUCCUGACAGAUCUGCCGUGCGUUGGAGUGGCCAAGAACCUCCUGCAGGUGGAUGGCUUGGCCAGGGACGAGCUGCACAGGGAGCAGAUUCGUUCCCUGCAGAGGUCAGGAGAUACAUUCCCAUUGACAGGCACUUCAGGGAGAGUCCUGGGCAUGGGAGCCUGUUGGGUGCUUGAUCUCUGGUUUCUGAACGCCCAGGUGCUGCGGAGCUACAACAACAGCUCGAAGCCCCUGUACAUCUCCGUGGGGCACAGGGUGAGCCUGGACACAGCCGUGCGCCUCGUCAGGUCCUGCUGCAGGUACCGCGUCCCGGAGCCCAUCCGGCAGGCUGAUAUCAGAUCGAGGGAGUACAUUCGGAAGCAGCUGUGUGCACCACUGGAGGUCAGACCUGCCAGGCCAGAGAGCAGCAAAAAGGAGGCUGAACUGGAGGAUGAGUCUGAUGCCUGAAGAACCUGCAGGACUCCUCUUCGCUGGAUCCUCUCCCUCAAGGCUCCAUCCUGUCAAGUGCAGGGGCCUGGUGCCAUCCUGGGGGGCAGAGCUGUGCCAGGCCGUGUCCCUUGGGACAGUGCCAGCCCUGUGCAUGUCCUGGUGGACUGGACUGGCAGAGCAGCUUCUGCUCAAGGAUAGUCCUUGCAGCGGUGUCUCAGGGUUUGGUUUUGAGUAUUGUUAAAAUCUUUGUGUAAGCAAAGGCUCACGUGUAAGUCUGCAGCAACUCACUGGAGUCCUUGAGCAGCUGCAGGAGGUGAUUUACAAGGAGCUGUUGAGGCACUUAACCUCCAGAGCUGGCCUGUGCUCCCACCACACCUCUGUGGCACAGAGGGGAACAGCUUCCCCCCAUCCCUGCAGCCUGUGCCCUCCCAUUCCCUUUGCACAUCUCCGGGGAGCAGAAGCCCCGUUCCAGCUCUGGCUGGCCCUGGCAGAUGGGCAGGGGACGCCUGUUCAGGUGUUUGUGUGACUCCAGCGGGGAGGGGACGGAGCCAAGACUUGGCCAAGGGGUUUGGAAGAGGUUCAGGGCUCUGAGCUCCAGGACCUGAGAAGCUUCUGCCUGUUUGGUGCUGUGGCAGCUGCCCUGGGGCCAUGGUGGUGACAGGGGUGACAGUGUCUGUGCCAGAGCCCCACAGUGUUGCCCAGCUCCUCCUGAGGGAAGGAUCAUCUCAGGGGAGAGAAGAAUUUUCCCAUCAAGGGUGGGGAGGGAGAGAGGUCCCUCCCGAUACAUCAGUCAGGGUGGCCUGAUCCUGGAGUUUUUGCCCUGUGGGUGGACUGGGAACUGUGGUGCCAGGCUGGAAGAAGCUCCCUGUGCCCGUACCUUGGCCCAGCACCAGCUUGGCUGUUUGUGGAGCUUCUGUGCCCGAAUCAAUCCUCGACCUUCGUCCAGUCUGCAGGGCCAGAGCUGCUCCUCCCGAGGUUGGAGUCCUGGCUGAGUCUGAGAGGUGGUUCCUGACUGUUCCCAAAGAGCAGCAGGAGCUAUGGGAGUUCUUGACAUGACUGUGUGAGAUUCCAGCCUAAAAAGGAAGAAGGAUGCUUUCCUGGGACUGAGGAAGGGUGCUCGGGUCAGGGCUGUUUAACCUCAAUUUUGCAUAAAUUUCUUUUACAAC